UAUAUCAGUGCGCCUUGGAGUACUGCAGAUGGCGUCAAGAAGUACGGGUUGCAUCACUUUAACAUUUGCAAAGUGCUUGGCAAAGGCAGCUUCGGCAAGGUGUUGUUAGUGGAACUAAAGAACAAGGAAGAGUUCUACGCGAUGAAGUGCUUGAAAAAGGAUGUAAUAUUGGAGGAUGACGACACCGAAUGCACAUUCAUCGAGCGGCGUGUACUUAUCUUAUCAUCCCAGUGCCCGUUCCUAUGCCAGUUAUUCUGUUCGUUUCAAACAAAUGAAUAUUUGUUCUUUGUGAUGGAAUAUCUCAAUGGGGGCGAUCUCAUGCAUCAUAUUCAAGCUGUAAAAAAAUUCGACGAAAGUCGUACUCGCUUUUACGCUUGUGAAAUAAUCAUCGCCUUGCAGUUCCUUCACUCCAAAGAGAUCAUCUACAGUAAAUGUGGAUCAACUGGCGGCGAAUUUGAGCCGAAUCUGAAUGAUGAAAUUCUUGAAUCAUUCAUCCUCUCUUAA